AUGGAGGGUGCCGAGCCCCGCGCGCGGCAGGAGCGCCCAGGCGAAGCCCACGGUGCCCGCCUAGUGGAGGUGCGGUUGAGCGGAGGCGCCCCUUGGGGCUUCACCCUGAAGGGCGGUCGCGAGCACGGCGAGCCUCUGAUCAUCACUAAGAUUGAAGAAGGGAGCAAAGCUGCAGCCGCAGACAAGCUACUAGCUGGAGAUGAGAUCGUGGCUAUCAAUGACGUGAAUCUCUCAGGGUUCAGACAAGAAGCCAUCUGCCUGGUAAAAGGCUCCCAUAAGACCCUGAAGCUUGUGGUCAAAAGGAAGAGUGAUCCGAGUUGGAGGCCUCACUCCUGGCAUGCCACCAAGGUCUCUGAUACCUACCCAGAGCCAGCAGCCUCACUGUUUCUGAGCACCAGUGGGUCCCCUUCCUGGAAGAGCCAGCACCGGCUAGGUGAUUCUUCCUCCCACGAUUUGUCCAGCUCAUGGGAGCACACAAGCCUACAGCGCACUGCUGAGCACUUCAGCUCUGUGGGCAGCUUAGACAGCCUGGACCGCGGCUCCCAGCUCUCCCCAUCUGGACACCUGGGUGGCCACGGCAAGCGAGAUUCUGCUUACGGUUCCUUCUCUACCUGUCCCGGCACCCCUGACCACACCUUGCCCAGGGCUGAUGCCUCUUCCACUGAGAACAUUCUCUACAAAGUUGGCCUCUGGGAGGCCUCCAGGCCAGGCAGCAGCCGACAGAGCCAGCCUGCAAGUGAUCCUCAGGGAUUACAGGACAGGCCUUCAUGUUCCACACUCAGGGUUUUUGGUAACAGCAGGAAAAGCCCAAGGCCAGAGGAUAAUGUUGAGCCGAAAACAACCACUUCUGGAAGAUCAAAUUUUGGGCCUGUUUGGUAUGUUCCUGACAAGAAGAAAGCCCCUUCUCCUCCCCCCUUUGCAGCUCCUUUGCUCAGUGAUGGCUUUGCUGUGGCAGCUGGAGGCCGUGAAAAGACACGGGACCCUCCAUUUUCAGACUUUACCACCCAACCCCGAGGGGGCCAUAGACUGGAAAUGACUGAUGGACAGUGUCGGCUGGCACACCCAAGCAGUGGCAAAGAAACAGGAAGCUUGGGUUACCAGCAAGAAGGCCACCUGGAUUACCGUUGGUUAUCCUCAGAUGAUAGAGUGGGUGGAUCCUCAGGGGUCCCGGGCAGGCACCACUUGUCCUUGUCCAACACAGAUGUCCACUUCCUGACGUCUUACCGUGGGAGCCAGCAGAGAUGGCAGUGCACUGAUGAGAGCCCAAGGGUCCCCUCAUCAACGAGGGAGCUGCCUCAUAGGACUCCUGGUGGGGGUUUGCAGGAGCCUCCUGAACUCUCCCGGAAUGAUGCGCAGGUGAGAUGGUCUGGUUCUGCCAACCAGAAGCUGGAUGAUAGAGGGCGUGGCCAUUAUUUCUGUGCACCCCCCAGGCAGCCUGUGCAGGGGUGUGCCCAGGUUGUGACACCCCGAGGUGACUUUGGGCAUUCAGACACACGUUCUGUGGACCUUGACAAUCGUCUCUUGCCCUCGAUGGGCCAGAGGUGCUAUCUACAAGAGCAUGAGGAGAUGCUGGCCUCUCACGAAAGAGAGGGAUAUCAUCCACGGGAUGCAGGGAUUGAAGGUUCCUGCUCAGGGAUCCAAGAGCCUCUUCAAGCCAGCCACACUGUGAAAGCCAGGUCGCAGUGUCCUGAUGGUGACCUCAAGUCGGUGGAUGGAGAACGUGGGAGGAUUUCUCGUGAAAGGACACCCAUGCUGCACUCUCUGACCCAAGGUGGGGCAUGGAGACCCGAGAAGCCACCGUCGCUUGACGCCCAGGUGGGUAGACCCAUGCGAAGGAGUGACCGUUUUGCCACGACACUGAGGAAUGAGAUCCAGAUGCGCAGAGCGAAGCUACAGAACAGCAAAAGCACCGUGACACUUGCUGAUGACUGGAGAGCUGAUGCGGGGGCUGUCCCGGAAGGUUCCUUCCCCAGCACCUAUAAAGAGCACCUGAAAGAGGCCCAGACACGUGUCCUGAGGGCCACCUCCUUCCACCGCCGUGAUUUAGGUCCCACCCCAGCAGAUCAGUAUCUGGGACAAGCAGAACACAGGACUUGUGACCAUACUGCCUCAUCUUCUUUAUCUUCCCCUGGGGAGCCAGACUCUGUCCCCAGCCUCUGGGAAGCAGGUCUGGCCAAGCCACCAUCUUCUGGUGGUGGUGUGCCCCAUCUUCUUCGAAUUGGAGGCCGGAAACGGUUCACAGCGGAGCAGAAACUGAAGUCCUAUUCUGAGCCAGAGAAAAUGAACGAGGUGGGUCUGUCAGGGGACCACAGUCCUCAUCCUAACAUCAGGACACCUGAGGAUACUGUGGGGACAUUUGCUGACAGGUGGAAGUUUUUUGAGGAAACAAGCAAAUCUCUUCUCCAAAGGCCAAGCCACAGGCAAGCUCUCUGUGGGCUUUCAAGAGGCAAGGCUGAGAGGCCACAAACAGGGGGCCGUGAAUGUGAGGGUACAGAGUCCUGGUUCCAGAAGAGGUCACGGGCCACCUCCUGUGGAGAGAUCCUCAGUGAUAAUGGACAAGGAGAAAAAGCUUCUGAGACAUUGAACCCACCCAGAAGGCUUGGAACCUUUGCAGAAUAUCAGGCGUCUUGGAAGGAGCAGAAGAAACCAAUGGAAGCCAGGAGUUCCGGGCGUUAUCAUUCAGCAGAUGAUAUUCUGGAUGCAGGUCUAGACCAGCAGCAGAGGACACAGUACAUCCAUGAAUGGUCCCGGUCGUCACCGUCCACUGAUCGCUACUCACAGGAAGUGCCUGUUGAGCCAGACAGGCAGCCAGAGGACUCUGGCGGGCACAAAGGAGUACCACAAUGUACACUACAGGCUGACGAGGGACGUUCUGCUCCAAGCUCCUCUGUGAUCAGCAGUGCCCAACCACAAGACAGCCAGCAUGUGAAUGAGGAGAGAGCUUUCUCGGAACCAGAAGUCCAGCUCUCUUCUAAGCGUCAACACCGACAGACAUCAGCCAUGGAAACCUCUCGCUCCCCUUCACCCCAGUUUGCCCCACAGAAGUUGACAGACAAGCCUCCCCUCCUUAUCCAUGAAGACAACUCAGCAAGAAUCGAGCGGGUGAUGGACAAUAACACCACAGUGAAAAUGGUGCCCAUAAAAAUCGUGCACUCAGAAAGCCAGCCCGAAAAGGAGAGCCGCCAGAGUCUUGCGUGCCCAGCCGAGCUGCCCCCACUGCCCAGUGGGCUGGAGAGGGACCAGAUCAAGACAUUGAGGACAUCAGAGCAGUGUUACUCCUGCUUCUGUGUGUACACACGACAGGAGGUAGAAGCCCCUCAUAGAGCCCGCCCUCCAGAGCCCCAGCCACCCAGCACUCCAGCGCCUCCUGUCAGAGAUAGCUGUUCCUCCCCUCCCUCACUUAACUACGGGAAGGCCAAGGAAAAGACCGUGGAUGACUUGAAGUCUGAAGAAUUAGCCAGGGAGAUUGUGGGAAAAGAUAAGUCCUUGGCUGACAUCCUGGACCCUAGCGUGAAGAUCAAGACCACCAUGGAUCUGAUGGAAGGGAUUUUCCCCAAAGAUGAAUCCCUCCUGGAGGAAGCUCAGCAGCGGAGGAAGCUGCUUCCCAAAGUCCCCUCACCCAGAGUCACAGAGGACCAGAAACAGGACACAGGCAUGCCAGGGGUCGUGUCCUUGGCCACCAAUUCUACCUAUUACAGCACAUCAGCCCCCAAGGCAGAACUUCUUAUCAAGAUGAAGGACCUACAGGAGCCUGAGGAGUAUUCAGGGGGUGACUUGGACCACGACCUGUCAGUUAAGAAGCAAGAGCUCAUCGACAGCAUCGGCCGCAAGCUGCGGGUACUGCGGGAAGCCCGAGAGAGCCUGCUGGAAGACAUCCAAGCCAACAAUGCCCUGGGAGAAGAGGUGGAAGCCAUUGUGAAAGACGUCUGCAAACCCAAUGAGUUUGACAAGUUCCGGAUGUUUAUUGGGGACCUAGACAAAGUGGUGAACCUCCUGCUGUCACUGUCAGGCCGCUUGGCCCGUGUGGAAAAUGCACUCAAUAAUCUGGACGACAGUCCUUCUCCUGGAGAUCGGCAGUCACUGUUGGAGAAACAGAGGAUCCUAACCCAGCAGCAUGAGGAUGCCAAGGAGCUUAAAGAGAACCUGGACCGUUGUGAGCGCAUUGUGUUUGAUAUCCUGGCCAACUACCUCAGUGAGGAGAACCUGGCUGACUAUGAACACUUCGUGAAGAUGAAGUCAGCCCUCAUCAUUGAGAAACGAGAGCUGGAAGAUAAAAUCCACCUGGGUGAAGAGCAGCUCAAGUGCUUGUUUGACAGCCUACAGCCUGAGAGAAGCAAGUAAGAGACCUGUCCCUGCAGAAGUUGGACACUGAGCCUUGGAAAUUAAUGCCUGGGAAUACAAGAGUGAAUCCAAGCCUAUUUGCCCAUCUCUGGAGAGACACACUCUGGAGCCACAAGACUAGUAAAAAAGCAAUAAUGUCCUAUUAGUAUGUGAUGAUUGAUUUAUGUUUUUCAUUUCUAUUGGUUUGUUGAGCAGAGUUUCAUAUUACAUGUGACUUCACAGAAUGCCAGCCUUUACUGGUCAGCAGGGACCCCUAGAAUGUCCAAUGGCUGGGCCCACAAUACAUGCAAGCACUCCUU